GGGCAGGCGAAGAGGUAGGUACCUUGUUUGCUCGUCGAGCUUUGAUAUUUGCAUCUCGAACACGAAAGUGUGGCCGCAGCGCGCGAUAGAAGCGCGUUAACACGUCCAUUCAUUUGAACAAUGUCGAUUGGUUGAGGAAUCAUGUCGCGAUCACGUGAGUAUCGAGCCACAGUCCUGCAAGUGCAACACCGCGCGGCGCCCGCCAAUCUUCAGUGAGCCCGUACAACUCCACCACGCAUUCACACUCCUGCUCCUGCCCUUUCGAGAGAUUCAAAUCACUCUUCACUCGCGCUUUUAACAUGACUUGGGUACUUGGCUGGCCCCUCUACCACCGCGACGCGAUCAAGAUCGCCAAGAAGCACAAUCUUGUCAAGGACCCCAAUGCGGAUGACUACUAUGCUCUCAUCCAAGCAGCCCGGCUGUGGGUCGCAGACCAAGUCGGAAUCAUCCCCGUACUUGGAUGCUGGGUCAACGAUAUGCCGGAGAUCGUCUAUGCCGCAUAUGUCGACUACGGCAGCAAACCUCGUCCCCCUCGUAAGCUCGUCCGUGAGGAGAUGAUGAGCAGGAAGCAGCAUCGCCUCCUCAAGCGUGCGAUGCCGCUGAAGGAUUUCGGCUGGUACCAGCAUAACGAUCCAUCAUGCGUGCUCUACAAGGACACGGUUUACGUGGACAUCGAAGAUGAAGACGAGGGCCGUGAAGACGACCACGAUACGGAUAGUGAUACAGCCACAAUGAGCGACCUCACAAGUCAUGCCACGAAUGGCUCAGACGACGGCGCCGAGAGCGAUACUGAGACGGUGACCGAUGGUGCGAUCUCGAGGGCGGACGUCUCUCCAAACGAUUCCAAUGUUUCUGGGUCGGUAGAGUCAUUGUCAACGGUGUUCGAUGCAAACUGCACCAUCGUUGACUCGGAAGCGCGGCCCUAAUCCAAACCGAUUGAUGCCAUGUCAUGUCUUCAUGCCCACUUAUCGCCGCGCUGGAUUUGGAGACUGUACCAUGUAUCGAUUAUUCGUUUCUCUUGUACCAUUACGCCCUGAUUGACGUCAGCAUUCCUUUAUGUACAAUCUGUUCCAUGUUGGUAUUAUCUACUGUUUCGACCACACUGAUGUUCCCCACACUUCAUCGAAGUAUCACCGUGUAACUGUAUAGAGCCUGUACGCGGUGUCCGCGAACAAUAUUAAUCCACUGAUGAUCGCGCUCA